AUGAGCUCCUAUUUUCUAAACUCCUUCUCAGGGCGCUAUCCGAAUGGGUCCGACUAUCAGUUACUAAAUUAUGGGACUAACGGCGCAAUGAACGGCUCUUACCGGGACUCUACGGGCAUGCAUUCCGGCUCUUUCGGUUACACCUACAAUGGGAUCGACCUUAGUGUAAAUCGUUCUAACAACAAUGCCCACUUCGGUACGGUUGGAGAUAACGGCCGUGCUUUCCAGAACCCGGGCACGGACACCCGGUACCGUCAAACGAGCUGCUCGCUUGCUUCUCCAGACGCCCUUCCCUGCACCAACAGCGACAGCCUCAACCUGAAAGGUACCUCUGGCUCCUCUGACCAGACCACGACCGGGGGCAACAGUGCACUCACCGCCAACAGCAGCAAUCUCAGCAGCAACAACACACACUUUGCAGAAACGGACGAAGCCAACAUCUCUUCGGAGCCGGAGGAAGGCGCGCAAGCUAACCAUGCCACUCCACGCACGCAGAAGCAAGAACCCGCGGCGCCUUCCACUACAACACCCGGGGACGGCCAAACACCACAAAUCUUCCCAUGGAUGCGGAAACUUCACAUUAGCCACGAUAUGACUGGACCUGAUGGGAAACGGGCUCGAACUGCCUACACACGCUAUCAAACGCUAGAGCUGGAGAAAGAGUUCCAUUUCAAUAGGUAUCUGACCCGGAGGAGGAGGAUAGAGAUAGCCCACGCUCUCUGCCUCACCGAGAGGCAAAUUAAAAUAUGGUUCCAGAAUAGGAGGAUGAAAUGGAAAAAGGACAACAAGCUGAAAAGCAUGAGUCUUGCUACGGGAGGAAGCGCCUUUCAAAACUGA